UUUAUUGAUCCUUCACGACCUAUUCAUUUGUUUGAUACGGGAGGUGACACAUAUCUUGUUGAAACUAAAUAAUAUCUGCCAAUAGAUUUCGACUACCAUCAUCAUAAAGGUCCGUAGCGGACCAUAAGAAUAGACAGCACAUCCGCCGGCUUGGCACCAAAUGAUUUCCUUUUACGAAGUAAUUUGAAAUCCCUUAUCUAUACAACGAAACCCACUGACCUGAACGAUGUGGAAAGAAGAAUAAGGAUCGAAUGCCAGAUGAAUUUCUUCAAAUGUUUAAGAGAAAGAAUGUGAACCUUGUUGGUUGCCUAAAGUAUCUACUGACGGAUAUCUACCGAUUUUCAAACCUAAAUUAUUUGCUCACCGAGUACACGUGUUCGUUUUAUUUGCCAACAUGAUUGAAAUCGGUGAACAACUUAUCUUCCGACAAUUUUUUUCUGAAUUUGUGAAUUCAGUGUUGAAACGAGAAAUGACCACGCAUUUCGAGAAUUUUACUUCUAUCACGAUGGUUCACACGAAAGACGAGAAAGUUGAAAUAAUUCUUAUUUUUGCUGUUCAAAAUGAAUGUGCACGAGCAACAGCUCGAAUUUUCAAUGAGCAGCACGAAAAUAGAAACUUGACUCACAAAUAUAUCUUGGAUCUUGUAGCGAAAUUUUGGGAGACUGGAGCAUUUGCCAAUAAGAAGAGAAAUAGGAUGCAUCCUAUCACAAAUGAAAUCAACCAAGUAGAAGUUUUAGGACAGGUUGCAGUGAAUCCUACAAUGUCUACUCGACAACUAAUUAACAGACACAACUGUCGUUAUUGGAGUCAGAAUAACCUUCAUCUACUGAGAGAAGAGCACACACAAUGGCCCCAGAAGUUGAAUGUGUGGGCAGGGAUUUUGGGUAAUACAAUCAUUGGACCAAUAUUUAUCCAGGGUGAUUUGAAUGGUAUGGCCAACUUGGAUAUGCUCCAGAAUCUAAUCGAACCACUUAUUAUGGAUGCUGUCAACACUGACUUCGAUGAUGAUGGUAAUCCAAAUCUAUUAGCAGAAAAUAUUUUUUCUCAACAGGAUGAUGCUCCACCUCAUUACAUAUUGCAGGUGAGAGAAUGGCAAUCCCAGAAUUUUCCAGACAAAUGA